ACGAGUAGUUCCUCUAACUAUACUUGAUCAUUUUGUUCUCUUUUUGACAACUUUUUUCUGUAAUUCUGUUACUACCAGUCGUACAAAGACCAACAAUAAUUUACACCAUCUCAUCUAAAUUCAUAGCACUUCAUAAAAUUAUUAAAAACCCAAUAAAAUUAAAUGAAAAAUAGCAUCACCCACCUUUCUCUUCCGAACCUUUCGUCCUUCCCAUCUCCAACAAUUUUCUCUCUCCUCCCAUUUCUUUACUUAACUUGUUCAUACAUUCCCAUCUUCAUCUUAUACCCAACUUCUCCUCAGGAGCUGUGUUGUGUUCUUAUUCCGAGAUUGGUGCUGAUUGGCAUGUGGGCUGUUAUUAAUUAUUGCUAUUGUUAUGGGUGCUUUGCUGUACUUUUGGGGAAGAACUGAGGCUGAUUAACUUAACCCUUUCUACUCUUAAUUAGUUUUUGUACUUUACCCACUUUUUUUUUUUGUAAAUCAUUCAUCUUUGAUCUGUUUUUGGGUUUUGGGUAUUUAUUAUUUGGUGUUUUUUAAGUAAAGUUUGAGUCUUUCUGUGAUUAUUAAGUAGAAAUUAUUGAUAUAGAAGUACAGAAGUUUCUGAAUAGGUGAAUAUAUACAUAUAUAGAAGGAUUUUUAUUGUAAUUUUUCUGUUUGAAUUGAGAUUUGAGAGUGAUUUGAUGGAACAAGCUCACCGUUUUCAUUCUAUAGAUCCCUCUGAAUUGAGGGUUAUGGGAAAAAGGGGUUUAGAAUGGGAUUUGAAUGAUUGGAAAUGGGAUGGUGAUCUUUUUAUUGCUAGACCUUCCGAUUCUAUACCCACAAAUUUUCAAGGUCAGCAAUUUAUGCCUGUUCUAGCUGGGAAUUCGUCGAAUUGCUCCUCUUCGUGUUCUGAUGGUGUUCAGUAUGGUAUUGAUGAUGGAAGGAGAGAGUUGGAGAGGAAAAGGAGGGUUAUUGUUGUUGAAGAGGAUGGUUUGGGGGAAUCUGGUUCUUUGACCUUAAAGCUUGGUGGAAAUUGCAACCCUGCCAUUGAUAGAGAAAGGGAAGGGGUAAAUUGGGAGGGUACUAGUGGGAAAAAAGCUAAGGUGACCGGGGGUUCUUCGAAUCGAGCUAUUUGCCAGGUUGAGGAUUGUGGGGUUGAUCUUAGCAAGGCUAAAGAUUAUCACAGGCGUCACAAGGUUUGCGAGGUGCAUUCUAAAGCUAGCCAAGCGCUUGUGGCGAAUGUUAUGCAGCGGUUUUGCCAACAGUGUAGUAGGUUUCAUGUCCUUCAGGAAUUUGAUGAAGGCAAGCGAAGCUGUAGACGGCGUUUGGCUGGUCAUAAUAAACGACGGAGGAAAACACAACCUGAGACUGCUGUCCAGGGAAGUUCCGUAAACGAUGAGCAAACUAGUAGUGUUCUCUUGAUGAGCUUACUGAAAAUACUCUCUGACAUGCAUGCUAACAAUAGACCGGACCAAGCAACUGAUCAAGAUCUCGUUGUUCAGCUUUUGAGAGGCCUCGCCAACCCUUCGCUACACAUAGGGCAGGGCUUAUCUGGGCUCCAACCCGAGUCACAGAUGCUGCUAAAUGGCGGUAUAGCCAAUGAUAAUGGACGUUCAAAAAAGAUGUCAGCUUUUCUGUCAAAUGAUAACCGGAAUCCUCCUAGAGUCAUUGAUCAACAUGUUCCCCUGCCUGAUUCCGAGAUUCCAGGAAAGGGAGUAUAUGCAGCUGAUAGCAGGGGUGUCGAUAUGCAGGCUGGAAGUUUGUUUCCUAUAAAAGAUAGCCCGCCCGGUUACUCUACAGAAGGGAGAAUGAAGUUGAACAAUUUUGACCUGAAUGACGUAUAUGUCGAUUCAGAUGAUGGUAUAGAAGAUUUGGAAAGGUCGCCUGUUAAUGGAAACUUUGCAACUGGUUCAGUAGAUUUUCCGUUAUGGGCUAGGCAAGAUUCACAUCAGUCAAGUCCACCACAGACUAGCGGAAAUUCCGAUUCAGCUUCAGCCCUGUCACCUUCUAGUUCAAGUGGAGAAGCUUCGAGUCGUACUGAUCGGAUUGUUUUCAAGCUAUUCGGUAAAGAACCAAGUGACUUCCCUAUUGUUCUGCGGGGGCAGAUCCUUGACUGGCUUGCACAUAGUCCUACUGAUAUAGAGAGCUACAUCAGACCUGGCUGUAUAAUUCUAACAAUUUAUCUUCGGUUGACCCAGUCCUCAUGGGAAGAGCUCUGCUCUGAUCUUUCAUCCCGUUUAACUCAUCUCUUUGACAUAACUGAUGACGCAUUUUGGAGAACUGGAUGGGUUUAUGUACGAGUGCAAAAUCAAAUAGCUUUUGUUCACAAUGGUCAGGUUGUCCUGGAUACAUCGGUGUCUCUUGAAAAUAAUAGUUGCAGCCGAAUAUUGAGUGUCAUGCCUAUAGCCGUCUCUAUGGAUGAACGAGCUCAUUUUGAAGUUAGAGGUUUCAAUCUUUCACACUCUACAACAAGAUUACUCUGUGCUAUAGAAGGGAAAUAUCUUGAUCAAGAAGUAUACGAGGAACAAAGGGAUGAUGAUUUUUCCGAGGAGGGUGAUACUGAGCAUGCUAAUUUCUCCUGCUCUUUCCCCAACGUAACCGGUAGAGGGUUUAUCGAGGUUGAAGAUCUCGGCCUCAGCAGCAGUUUCUUUCCUUUCAUAGUUGCAGAAAAGGAUGUUUGCUCCGAAAUUCGGACACUGGAGAGUGUGCUCGAACUGAAAAAUUCCGAUCAAGAUGCAUACGAAGCAAAUAAGAACAUAGAAUCCUGGCGUCAGGCCAUGGAUUUCAUACACGAGAUGGGCUGGCUUCUUCAUAGAAGCCACAUGAAAUCUAGGUUGGCAGACCUAGAUCCUAGCACUGUCGUAUUUUCUUUUAGACGGUAUAAAUGGCUCAUGGACUUCUCCAUGGACCAUGAUUGGUGUGCUGUUGUUAAGAAACUUUUGGACGUUUUGGUUGCUGGAACUGUGGGAUCAGGGGAACACCCGUCUCUUAAGGUUGCGUUGUCAGAAAUGGGUCUACUUCACCGAGCCGUCCGUAGAAAUUCUAGGUCAAUGGUGGAGCUGCUUUUGCGAUAUGUUCCUGCGACUUUGUCUGAAGAAUUCACGUCAGUUGCCGAUAGUAGCCAAGGGAAGUUUUUGUUUCGGCCAGAUGCUCAAGGACCUGGCGGUUUGACACCACUUCAUGUUGCAGCUGGCCGAGAUGGCUCCGAAGAUGUACUCGAUGCUCUAAUAGAUGACCCUGGAAAGAUUGGAAUCGACACAUGGAAGAAUUCUCGGGAUAGCACAGGGGCUACACCCGAGGAUUAUGCUCGUCUACGGGGGCACUACUCUUACAUACAUGUCGUCCAGAGGAAAAUGCCCCGUAAUUCAGCAUCAGGGCAUGUGGUGCUCGAUAUCCCUGGAGAACCAUCGGUUGCUGCUCCGAAGCAUGAUGGGGCAGUGAGCUUCGAGAUUGGAAGAAGUGCAUCGUUUGCCUUGAAUCAGAACUGCAAGAUGUGUGAUCAUAAAAAGAUGUUGGCGUAUUACGGAAGAAGUACAAAGACAUCUCUAGCGUACAGGCCUCUAAUGCUGUCGAUGGUUGGUAUCGCGGCAGUGUGCGUGUGUGUGGCUCUUCUUUUCAAGAGCAUGCCUAACGUCGUCUGUCUUUUCCAACCCUUCCGAUGGGAAUUGCUUAAUUACGGCUCCAGUUGAUCUUCCAUCGAACGUUAAGAGGCCUUUUGUAUCUGUAAUUUAUAUUUUGUAAUGUGUAUUUGUAUUUGUAUUUGUAUUUGUAUUAUGUAGUUGAAACUCCAGUACUAGAAGUCAGUGCUAGAACAGAGAGCAUUAUGGUUAGUAAACUAGUAAUGACUAAUGACUGUAUCUGAUGGAUAUGUAACUCUUAUAAGCCCUUUUUCUUCAAGUA